UGGACGGUUCUGUGUAGACUAGUCGGGCGUUAGUGACCGAUACGUUAUUCAAUCGUGGAUUGGUAGAAGUUAACGUGUGCACUUAAAAAAAACAACAAAUCAGCUAAUCGUAAAUAAUAGUAAUAAUAAAAAAUAAUAAGUUAACGCUCAUAUUUGUGCUAUCAUAAUAAUUCAGUUAUAAUCGAUUUUAACAUUUUAGUUGUUGUGGUCCUGUUGAAUUAUGCCCGUUUCGAGAACUUCAAACUCAUCGCUUAGUCGAUGGAAAAUAAUCGUCGGGGUACUAUCCAUUGUAUCGUUAGUUCAUGGACAUCCUGUCAAAGACCAGGAACUGGAAUCAGCUGUGAACGGCGUACAGAAGUACUUGGAAUCGUCUGGUUUCCCGAAAAUGACUCGGGGUGAAGUCAUAGACUUCCUCAAAGACUUUUCACAAGGUGCUCGCGUGAGCCGUGGUUUCGACGGUUUCGGUAAACAUGAAAAAGAUUCGGCGGUGGUGUCUUCGCCACAGUCGGCAGCUCGUGUGCGCAAGGAAUUACAAGGAACUAACGUCCCACUCGUGCCAGCCAUCCCAGAAGGAGAGUCGCCUCUUAACUACGGAUACCCGGCUAGUCUGGACAAGGCGAUGCCGCGAAUUCCGUCCACGACCACUGCUCCUAUGAUAUUCGUGACGGUGCAAAGUAAAAAGGCAUCGACGCCAAAGGUCGCCAAAACGGUAGAGUCACUGUUCCAAAGUGGCGCAGACGGUAAACCGGUAAUGAAGAAGAGCGUAGGCCCGCCAAUGGAUUUGAACGCUUACGCUAAGUUUAAGAAGAUCCCCGAAGGCAGGAGCGUACAAAUAGAAAAUGUCGAAAUGAAAACGCUUUUGGCAUCGUACGGACUGUUGGACACUCCGAAUGUAUCGACGGAUAAACCGAAACAAGCGGAAAGGCGCAACGACAAAGAUGCUGACCACAUGGAAACUGCGGACGAGACCGUACUCAAGUCAGUGCUAGUCGAGACCGGUAACGGAGACAUGAACGUGUCUCAAAUCAGACCGUUGUUUGACGACCUCGAGCGCUCGUCUAGGGACCACGUGUUCAACCCUUCCGACUCCACAGUCAAGACCAUCGAUGUGAACAAAAUAGCAAAAAUCGUGGAGAACAUAAAGCUGCUGGCCGACGGUAACAGUACAACUUCUUUGUCCCAGGACGUGAUCCAAAAGAAAUUGGAGAACAUCACGGCGUCUAUAAUAUCCAUCGACGAGCCGUCCAGGCCCGAAAACGCUUCGUUCACCGGAUACGAGGUGUUUUUCGACGACGACACUAAGGAUGUGGACUCGGACUUGCCCGCCGGCCCUCCGGAGUCGUCAGCACCGGGACACAAAACUCUUAACCAGGCGCAGAAUCCGCCUGACCCGUUAUCCACAGACGAACUGCAACAUUUGUUCGAAAAAAACAAAAAUGAGUUCAAACGACAGGAACCGGAAAAUCUGACAUCGACCACGACUGCCGCCAUUGCAUCCGACGGAGUACCAACUACGACCGUGGGAGCCGAUACGUCUUCCGAAGCGACCUCGGUCGAGGUAACUGCCAAUUCCGCGGUAACAGACUCCUCGUCCGAAGCGACCUCGGUUGAGGUAUCUUCGGUCGGCAGCGGUUCCACGGUCAGCGAAGAAUCAGCCAGGGACUCGUCGACGGCCGCCGCUACCGACGCCAGUCCGAGUCUUUCCCAGCUGGCUGAGUCGUUUGGAGGCGGAGAAACGGCUAGCAACCCUCCGCCGCCGAUCGACACCGAAGAACCCAAAUCGGACCGUCCCAGAAACGGAUUGUACUUCUACGUGGACUGGAAUUCGUUUUUGACCGUCAACGAAGGACAAAGUAAUCAAGUGAACUUGAGGUUCGCCCCAAAAGCCGGAAACCCGGCUCAUUUCUUCAAAGUCUCGGUACCUUAACUCUGUGCCUAGAUAAAACGAAAAUAAAUUUUUUGUUUUUUUUGAUUUUUUCUCAAAAUAUUUUUACACUAAUUAACUGGUGUCUCGUAAAAAAGUGUCAUAAUUGACAAUUGCACGGCGUAGUGUUGUAAUUGGUUUUAUAUUUAUUAUAACUAUUAUUUAUAACUAUUAUUUAUACAUAUUAUAUAAUUUUAAAGUAAAAACUAAUAAUGCUGUAACAUUUAAACACCCUAACCUUUAUUUAAAUGUAAUAUUUAUGGUCUAAUAUUUUUUUAAAUUUAUUUUGCUAAUCCGAAAAAAAAAUCCAAACGCAUAACUAUAACAAAAACUCCAGACGGCUUUUAAAAUUCGCUUUGAAUGUCUACCGACUGCAAAAAAUAAAUAUUAAUGCACAAGUGCCUGCCGCCACCAUAUACCGUACUCUUUCGCGAAAUAAGUGUUAACCCUCCAUUAAAGUAUUUCUUCAAUGCCCCCUAUGUUUUAUAAUGCUCCGCCCAUGUUAAUACGGAGUAACGAUUUUUUUCCUAUUCAGUGGUCCCCGAGUAAUUAUUCACAUUUGUUAAGUAACGAGAUUGAGAAAAAAUACGAACCCUUGAUAUUGUACAUGAUGGCAACUCCGCAAUUAAAAGAAUAAUUAUGAAUACUAUGUACAACUAGUUUGACUAUCAAAUAAAAUAGCUCAGUCUCACUUUAUAAUUUUUACUAUACAUUUUAUUGGUGAUGAUCGGUAAAAUACUUGAGGACCGGAAAACAAUUUUGCUAACAACAAACAGUAUAAUAAAAUAGAUUUUAGGAUUUAGAUAAGUGUAACUUACCUUAGAUUAUUAUAAAAAUGUAGACUUUUAAUUAUUGUGUAUGUUCGUGACUGCAAAUCAAUUUACAAAUUAUAUUGUAUCUAACUAUGAUAGAUUAAUAAUUAACAUUUAUCGAUUAUUGUAAUUAUUAUUAUUAUUAUUAUUAUUUUUACUAUUAGGUAUUAUAAUA